GCAAUAUUCGUCAUGGAUCCGGCAGAAGUGUACUGGAUCAUGGGGAGUGGGAACUAUAGUGGUGACUCCUACAUGAUUCAGAGAAGAAGCCUGGACAUGACUACCGAGGAUAAAGAACCAGUGAAGACAAUCCAGCAAAGUCUGUACGAGAUUAUGGACACUGGACCAGAUGAACCCUACCACCUUCCCCGUGGCUCCUACGGUAUAGGGAAGGCGGGUGGAACGGCGGGUGAAGUAAACACCAUCGGCUGGGAGGGCGACUGGACCACGAUGCUGUACCUGGGUGCCGGCCUGGGCUCCAUCAUCCUCAUCCUCUCCAUCUCCGUUUGCUGCGUGAGCCGGAAGUGGAAACAGGAGAGAAUGCUGAGGGCCCAGAUCGAGGCUGCUUCCGCUUCCGGUGCGAUGGUGCCCGUAUGGGAUUAUGGGGUUCCGGUUGUUCUGAAACCUCCCGUCAUGCCCUACAAAGCAAUCCAGCCCAUGAGAUACUAUAAUGUGCCUCGCAGAGAGCAGGUUAUUGUGUAGGUCUUUGGAAGAAAUCAUUUCGCACCAACAAUAUACAAAC